GGAGGUGGAAGAGGGAGAAAGCACAAAGGAAAGCAGUGUGCAUAAAUUUAAAGUUUUAAGUGAAAAUGUCCGCGUUUAGCCCAACGCGUGGUUCAGCUUUUUCCUCUUACAACCAAAUAGAAAUGGGGAUUCUGCACAAACUCAUUGCAACUUCCCUCGUCAUUACUGUCGGCUACGGGGUAAUUGUACUAUUGCUAUGUUUCCCCGUCCCACAACGACUAAUGAUCUAUCUUCACUGGGUCAAACUUCCUAAUGGUACAAACCUAAAAGUACCUGAGCUUUACGGCUUUGCUCACAACAAGGUUCGAAAUAUACAUAUUACGUCGGCCGAUAACGUUACUCUAGGAGCAUGGCAUAUCCUUCCAACAUCAUACUAUCAGCGGCAUAAUCUCCGAGACGACCCAAAUUUGCCUAGCGACACAGUCUACGACGCCGCGUUGUCGGAUCCUAGUUACGACACUGUCUUGUAUCUCCAUGGCAAUGCCUUGCAUCGUGCCGCACCGUGGCGUACAGAUCUGUACAAGCGUUUAGGAGAUAAGUUUGACCGAUUAAAUAUUAUCGCCAUAGACUAUCGCGGAUUCGGUGAUUCUGAGGGCAUUCCCUCCGAAGAAGGUUUGAGACUGGAUGCGCUUGCGACGGUGGACUGGCUAUUUCAAAGAAAUGUAUCCCACGAUCGCAUCUCGCUUAUUGGUCAUUCACUUGGUACUGGGGUUGCAACGACAUUGGCUUACGACAUGACAAAACGAGACCAACCACCUAAUGCGUUGAUACUCAAGGCCGCAUACAGUUCAUUGCCGAACCUCAUCUUUGAAUACAGAAUGCUCAAGUAUAUUGCCGUAUUGAGUCCAGUGCGUCUGGUACCUCCUGUACAAAAAUGGUUACUGAGUCAUUUGUUGCAUGUCUAUGACUCUGUGUCUCGCAUUGAGUAUCUGGAAUGUCCCAUUCUGCUUACAUAUGGCGCAUCGGACGUGGAGAUCCCAGGCCACAAUUCACAGUUACUGUUCCACCGGGCUGUAUACGGCCAAGGACAAAGGCUGGAAUUCGCCAAGGACUGGGUCGAUGCAGAUCCUUCGAUAAGCCGACGCAUCGUUCCUAACGAGGCGACGGUCUACAAAAAAGAUCAGGUUCAUCUGGUCAAGUUGCACCACGCGGACCACAAUAACGUGGGGUACUAUGACUACAUGUUUCAAGCCAUGGCUGAUAUCACUGGUUGGCACCAAGGCCUAUCAUGAAUUUGAAUUGGGAAACUCUCUCGAAUGAAUUAAAAAGGAAGCGGAGUACGCUUUGAUACGCUGGGUUUUCAAUAUAAACUUGGAAGGAGUAUCAUUGCACGCCUUCAAAAAUAUACGCGGCUAAACCAUUGUUGAUUAUGAAUAAAGAUGAUUGGGCUUGUUCUUGAAGGAAAUUCAACUGGCGUUUCCAAAUUACACUUGCUGUACGACAG